AUGGAUUCGUCCAGCUCAUCCGGCACAUACAGCAACUCCAGAGGCCGACUCUCAAGACCAUCGCGAAGGAGGAGGCUUGCUCUGAGUCUGAGUCAGAAGGACACCCUGCAAGCACUCUUUCAACAGAACCCCUACCCCGGGAUAACGACCAGAGAAUGGCUGGCACGAGAACUGGACAUUCCAGAAAGCAGAAUUCAGGUUUGGUUUCAAAACCAACGAAGAAGACGCGUAAAGCAGAGCCGAUUGCUGUCGGAGAAUGCCUUCAAAGGAGGGCAGUCACAGCCGCUGCGGCCCCCACCACCUGAGGCUUUGACUCGAGGAAGCAUGGGAAGAGAGGCCAGGCGAAAGAGGACUUUCAUCUCUCCUUCUCAAACAAGGGCCCUUGUGCAAGCCUUUGAGAGGGAUCGAUUUCCAUCUAUUGCUGCCAGGGAAGAAUUGGCUCACCAGACAGGAAUUCCCGAACCUCGAAUCCAGAUAUGGUUCCAGAACCGAAGAGCUCGGCACCCAAAGCAGAGCGCUAGUGGGCCUGUGAAUGCCUUAGCCAAAGGCCCUGAUGCCACAUCAGCUGUGACUGCCCUGUCGGACCAAAACACCCUGCCAACUGUCCAUAGAAGCUCUCAUCGUUAUCCUCCCUCUCAUGCACCUGAUAGCAUGCAAUCCUUUGCUGCGGCCACUCCUGUUUUCUCCCCCUCCUUUCUUGUGCCAGAGGCUUCCUAUGGGUGCUGUGUGGGCCAGCCGUUGAUGUUCAUCAUGCUCCAGCCCAGCCUGGCAGCCCUUCAGAGAUGCCAGAACCCACAGCCUCUUCUGGCCACAGUUCCGUGGGGCGAACGGUCACAUGCUCUCAUCGCCAGUGGGCAGCCUGCCCAGGGGGCCAUCUGGCCACCUGCACCACCAGAGACACACUUCUGGCAGCAGCAGGCAAGCUCAGGUGAAGAGACAUCUCCCCAGCUGGAGCAACAGCCCCAGCGCUCAGCCCUUACAGGCUCCUCAAGCCUCCUGGAUGAACUCUUGUCAGACGUGGACAUUCUGGACAAGGCAGGCCCUUUUCUGAAUGUGGACACAGAGGAAGAGGAACUUGCAGCAACCUUGGAAGCCCCCCUUAGCGAGGAAGAAUUCAACGCCCUGCUUGACAUACUGCCAGGCUCCCCAGUGCCACAGGUUUAG